UCCGUGUGUGUGUGUGUGUGUGUGUACGUAGAGGAUGGCUCAGAGCUCAGGUGCAGACGGCAGGCUCGGGGAGGCAGCUGGACCACAAAGCUCUAGGAUGGACUAGGGGCUGGACCUGGAGCCCCCUUUUUUAGACUUGGAUCUCCAUUAAUGAACAUCCAACUGAAUCAUUUUUAUAACAUUUUUGAAGAAGAAGAUAACUGCACCAGGCUUUGGAGGUGUGUUUUAUAUCACUGAUCACUGGCACUUAAUUGCACUUUAAGCACAGAUCAACUGCCUUCUCAGCUGUGGCUCUGGACUAGAAGGAAGAGAAGACAUUGUUCAGAUUCUGUCUUGCCCUGGACCGGACCUUUACUGUGUGCCUGCUGUGGAAUGGAGGAGUGCUGCUGAAAGGCAGAGGAACACCCUGUAAAUGAGGAGAGGAACAAUCCUCCCUGGACCGUCUCCAUCCCCUAAUACCUGUGAAGGCUGCCUCUCUGGCUGCUGAGGAGAAGAGAGACACAAGAAGACAAUUAGCUAAGACAAAGCAAAAGGCUAAAGUGGGUGCUCCACAUACCCCUCCAUUCAUUCAUCCCUGCUUCUCUGUUUUGCCACCUGUGAGGAUUAAUUGGACUGAGCACCAUGGCGCAUGCUGCCUCACAGCUGAAGAAGAGAGCAGACGAGAACCUCAACGCUGCCGAGGACGAGAAGGAAAAGAAGAAAUUAAGAAAGCGGUCUCGGGAAGUGAAGAAAAAGACGGAUGUGAAUGCCUGUUACCUGAGAGCAGCUCGGGCUGGAAACCUAGAGAAAGCUUUGGACUACCUUAAAAAUGGAGUCGACGUCAACAUAUGCAAUCAGAAUGGGCUAAAUGCUCUUCAUCUGGCCUCCAAGGAGGGACAUGUGGAAGUGGUGGCUGAACUCAUUAAACAGGGCGCCAAUGUGGAUGCAACCACGAAGAAAGGAAACACAGCUCUUCAUAUAGCGUCUCUUGCGGGGCAGACAGAUGUGGUGAAGGAACUUGUCACACAUGGAGCCAACGUUAAUGCCCAGUCUCAGAAUGGCUUCACUCCGCUGUAUAUGGCAGCACAGGAAAACCACAUGGACGUGGUGCAGUUUCUACUGGACAACGGCUCGAGCCAGAGUAUCGCCACCGAGGACGGCUUCACUCCUCUGGCGGUGGCGUUACAACAGGGUCACGACCAGGUAGUUUCCCUCCUGCUGGAAAACGACACCAAAGGGAAAGUCCGCCUCCCUGCUCUGCACAUCGCUGCACGGAAGGACGACACGAAGGCCGCCGCCCUCCUCCUGCAGAGCGACCACAACGCAGAUGUAGAGUCGAAGAUGAUGGUGAAUAGAACAACAGAGAGUGGCUUCACUCCUCUUCAUAUUGCUGCUCAUUACGGCAAUAUCAACGUAGCGACUCUGCUGCUGAACAGAGGGGCAGCUGUGGACUUUAAAGCAAGGAAUGACAUCACACCACUGCACGUGGCGUCCAAACGUGGAAACAGCAACAUGGUGCGGCUGCUGUUGGAGAGAGGAGCCAAGAUAGAUGCACGGACCAAGGACGGUCUGACUCCUCUCCACUGUGGAGCCAGGAGCGGUCAUGAGCAGGUGGUGGAGAUGCUGCUGAACAGAGGAGCUCCGAUACUGUCCAAGACCAAGAAUGGUCUAUCUCCACUCCACAUGGCGACGCAGGGCGACCACCUUAACUGUGUCCAGCUGCUGCUGCACCAUGACGUGCCUGUAGACGACGUGACCAAUGAUUACCUGACAGCUCUGCAUGUCGCUGCCCACUGUGGGCACUACAAGGUGGCAAAGGUCAUAGUGGACAAGAAGGCCAACCCUAAUGCCAAGGCACUGAAUGGUUUCACUCCGCUGCACAUUGCCUGUAAGAAGAACAGAGUGAAGGUGAUGGAGCUGCUGCUGAAGCACGGGGCAUCCAUACAGGCUGUCACUGAGUCUGGUCUGACUCCAAUCCACGUCGCAGCAUUUAUGGGACAUGAAAACAUUGUCCACCAGCUGAUUAACCACGGAGCUUCACCAAACACAAGCAAUGUGAGGGGAGAGACAGCCCUUCACAUGGCAGCCAGGGCAGGACAGUCCAACGUGGUCCGAUAUCUGAUCCAGAAUGGAGCUCGAGUUGAUGCCAAAGCCAAGGACGACCAGACUCCUCUGCACAUCUCCAGCCGCCUGGGUAAACAAGACAUUGUCCAGCAGCUCUUGGCCAGCGGAGCCUGUCCAGACGCCACCACCAGCACUGGUUACACACCGUUACACUUGGCCGCUAGAGAAGGACACCGAGAUGUGGCUACAGCUCUACUGGACCAGGGAGCCAGUCUGGGCAUCACUACCAAGAAGGGAUUCACUCCUCUGCAUGUUGCAGCAAAGUAUGGAAAGAUUGAGGUCGCAAACCUGCUGCUGCAGAAAAAUGCCCCGCCUGAUGCUGCAGGGAAGAGUGGACUAACUCCACUGCAUGUGGCAGCACAUUAUGAUAACCAGAAGGUGGCUCUGCUCCUGCUCAACCAGGGAGCCUCACCACUGGCUGCUGCCAAGAAUGGUUACACACCUCUGCACAUCGCAGCUAAGAAGAAUCAGAUGGAGAUAACCACGACUCUGCUGGAGUACGGCGCCUGCACAAACACAGUGACGCGUCAGGGCAUCACUCCACUGCAUCUGGCUGCACAGGAAGGAAACGUGGACAUAGUGACUCUGCUGCUGGCUCGUGACGCUCCUAUUAAUGUGGGCAAUAAGUCUGGUUUGACUCCACUGCACCUUGCAGCCCAGGAGGAUAAAGUCAAUGUUGCUGAGGUUUUAGUGAACCAUGGAGCGACGAUAGAUCCUGAGACCAAGCUGGGAUACACACCUCUUCAUGUGGCCUGCCAUUAUGGGAAUGCAAAGAUGGUCAACUUCCUGCUCAAAAACCAGGCCAAGGUCAAUGCCAAGACAAAGAACGGAUACACUCCUCUGCAUCAGGCUGCACAGCAAGGACACACACACAUCAUUAACAUGCUGCUGCAUUAUGGAGCGUCUCCCAAUGAGCUAACUGCUAAUGGAAACAGUGCUCUGUCCAUUGCGAGGAGACUUGGCUACAUCUCUGUAGUGGACACACUCAAGGUGGUCACUGAGGAGACCCUAACGACACAGACCGUGACAGAAAAGCACAAGAUAAAUGUUCCAGAGACCAUGAACGAGGUGUUGGACAUGUCUGAUGAUGAAGUCCGUAAAGCCAAUGUUCCCGAAAUGCUCACAGAGGACUAUUUAUCUGAUGUGGACGAAGAGGAGGAAGUUGAAAAUAUCUGCAUCAUCUACUCUUGUGAUGAUGCCAUGACGGGGAACACAGACAAAUAUCUGGCCCCCCAAGAUCUGAGGGAGCUCGGGGACGACUCACUCCCCCAGGACGGCUACAUGGGCUUCAGUGUGGGGGCACGGUCACAGAGCCUGCGUUCCUUCAGUUCUGAUAGGUCCAACACGUUGAACCGGAGCUCCUUCACACGGGACAGCAUGAUGAUUGAGGAGAUGCUGGCAACAAACAAGGAGAUGCAUUUGUCAGCGGCCAAGGACUGUGACAAUGAUUCUCUGAGGAGAUACAGCUGGACCGGAGAUGCUCUGGAUAAUGUCAACCUUGUCUCUUCACCGAUACACUCUGGUUUUUCCUCUCCGCUCCCGCAGUACGACAGCAGGUUCCUGGUCAGCUUCAUGGUCGAUGCCAGGGGCGGCUCCAUGAGAGGAAGUCGUCACAAUGGGAUGCGCAUCAUAAUCCCACCCAGGAAAUGCACAGCGCCCACCAGAAUUACCUGUCGACUGGUGAAGAGGCACAAACUGGCUUCACCUCCUCCCAUGGUGGAAGGAGAAGGUCUGGCCAGCCGACUGGUGGAGGUGGGACCAGCAGGAGCUCAGUUUCUCGGGCCAGUGAUAGUGGAGAUUCCUCAUUUUGCCUCAAUGCGAGGCCAGGAGAGGGAGCUGAUCCUGCUUCGCAGUGAGAAUGGAGAGAACUGGAAAGAGCAUCUGUAUGACUGUCGGACUGAUGAUCUCAACCAGCUACUGAAUGGCAUGGAUGAAGAACUGGACAGUCCUGACGAACUGGAGAAGAAGAGGAUCUGCCGCAUCAUCACCAAAGACUUCCCACAGUACUUUGCAGUGGUGUCUCGAAUUAGACAGGAGACCAACCAGAUGGGACCAGAGGGCGGGACCCUGUGCAGUCGAAGCGUCCCACUGGUUCAGGCCUCUUUUCCUGAGGGGGCGUUAACUAAGAAGAUAAAAGUCGGACUGCAGGCUCAACCAGUUCCAGAUGAGACUGUGAAGAAACUCCUUGGUAAUCGAGCAACUUUCAGCCCCAUCGUUACUGUGGAGCCCAGGAGACGAAAGUUUCACAAACCCAUCACCAUGACGAUCCCUGUGCCGCCCCUGUCAGGGGAGGGGCUUACCAAUGGCUACAAAGGAGACAGUACUCCUUGCCUGCGGCUCCUAUGUAGUAUUACAGGGGGCACAUCUCCAGCACAAUGGGAAGACAUCACAGGAACAACUCCUCUCACUUUCAUUAAUGACUGCGUCUCUUUUACUACCAAUGUCUCUGCAAGGUUCUGGUUGGCAGACUGCCACCAGAUCCCAGAGACGGUGGGUUUGGCCACACAGUUGUACAGGGAGCUAAUCUGUGUGCCCUACAUGGCCAAGUUUGUAGUUUUUGCUAAGAUGAACGACCCGGUGGAGUCCAACCUGAGGUGCUUCUGUAUGACCGAUGACAAGGUGGACAAGACCUUAGAGCAGCAGGAAAACUUUGAAGAAGUGGCCAGAAGCAAAGAUAUAGAGGUCCUGGAGGGCAGACCCAUCUACGUGGACUGCUAUGGAAAUUUGGCUCCACUGACUAAGGCUGGUCAACAGUUGAUUUUAUACUUCCACGCUUUCAAGGAGAAUCGUUUGCCCUUCUGUGUUAAGGUGAGAGAUCCGAGCCAGGAGCCUUGUGGACGUCUCACUUUCCUCAAAGAGUGUAAGACUAUAAAAAGCCUUCCACAAACAGCCGUGUGCAACCUGAACAUCACACUGCCUGCGGUGAAAAAGGAAAUGGAGUCAGAUGCCGAGGAUGAGACUGAAAAGCCAGAUCGACGUCAAACCUUUGCAUCUCUAGCCUUACGUAAGCGCUACAGCUAUCUGGCCGAGCCUGCACUGAGCCCUCAGAGUCCCUGUGAGAGAACAGACCUGCGUAUGGCAAUAGUAGCUGACCACCUUGGACUCAGUUGGACUGAGCUGGCCAGGGAGCUGGAUUUCUCUGUGGAAGAGAUCAACUCCAUCAGAGUGGAAAACCCUAAUUCCCUGACAGCACAGAGCUUCAUGCUCCUAAAGAAAUGGGUGCACAGGGAUGGUAAAAAUGCUACAACGGAUGCUUUAACGGCAGUGCUGACAAAGAUCAAUCGGUUGGAUAUUGUGACUUUGCUGGAAGGGCCCAUAUUUGACUACGGUAACAUAUCAGGCACACGCUGCUUUGCCGAUGAUAACGCAGUAUUCCCGGAUCAGUCCGAUGGAUACCAGAAUAUAGAUCUGGAGCUGCAGACCCCAUCAGACCUGAACUAUCAGCCCCCAACACCACUGCGCUCAGAGGAUUUCUUUAGUGAGGGCGACGGUAGUGUAGAAUCUCCUAACAUGACCACACUUAGUCGACCUAGUGACCUGUCUCUCACUCAGACCACCAGUACCUCCAGCAGCAAUGUCCUGACAGUCGCCCCAAGACCCUCUGUUGAUGAAGAAACCACCUUCAAAACAAGAGACCAGGUGACAGAAAAGACCGUUCUGGUUUCUUAUGAGACACCAGAUAAUGACAGAAGGGCAAUAGAGAAAUCGAGGGAGGCGACGAAAGCGCUGGAAACAGAUCAAGAUGUUGUUUUGGGGGAACACCGUGAAAUGUUCUCUGCCUUACACAUCGGUCAUGGGAAUGGGCGGCAGAAUGAAGAGGAGGAGGAGAUGACCCAGGAGAGGCUACAGAGUUUGCUGGAGGAUAUAAAGAUGGAGGGGGGCUUGGAUGACGAGGAGAUGACAGAGGAGCGAGUCAACUCCAUCCUUGAACAAGUACGACAAGCAGAAAAAGUUUUGUGUUCAGUUCCAGGUUGGAGAAGUGAGAUGUCUGAGGAGAUUCUAGAAUCUUCAGCACUGGCCUCCAAUGAGGAGGGCAGCCCUGAAAGUUUAGCUGAUUCCCUGGAACAGCCUUCCACUCAGAACAACGGACAAAACGGAUGUCCAGCUGAAUUAAUCAGGGAUGGAAAGGAAAAGGAGACAAAGAGGAAAGGAUCUCAGGAGGACAACGUCACUGCAGGGUCAAGUAAAGGAAGAAAGGAAGGAGGUGAACGGUCCCAGGAUAAAACUCAGGAGCCCAGCUCUGAUGAGGAGAACACCGUCACCACUAAAGUGUACCGCAGGCGCGUCAUACUCAAGGGAGAAGAGGCCAAAAACAUUCCUGGGGAGUCUGUGAUUGAGGAGCAGUUCACAGAUGAGGACGGGAAUCUGGUCACCAGAAAAGUGAUCAGAAAGGUGGUGCGCCGUGGUAUCAACUCAGAGGAAAGGAGGGAAGGUGAAGGGAAUGCUAGUGUUGUUAGUGGUGAUAGUGGUGUAGCAACAGGUGGAGCAGAUGAUGCUUCUUCGACUGCAACAGCUACAACAGGAGCACCGGAGGGGAAGAGCAAGAGACGAGGGAAGCGCUCCCGACAGGGCCAUAGGGCUGAGAAGUCUGGGAAAACUGAGUCUGGAAAUGGAAACAACAAGAAACCAGGAAAGAAAAGUCAUUCGUAACACUGAAGCUCUGACCCAAACCUGGUCUACUGAUGCUCAUCACGACACACCCUGAGACGGAAAAACCAGAUCAGAUGCCAGACUGGACAGAACAUUAAAGGCCUCGCCACUCAGCUGAAGCUUGUCGGACGCUCUUUUUUUAAACAAAGCAUGGUGUUCAGCAAGAUGGCGCCAAACAAGACACUUUUCUUUUAAUUCGCAUGAGCAUGUCACCAAACUCACUCACUGUUGAGAAACAAAAUACACAUGUGGACACGGACGUAAGCUGGAACUGUUGUCUGUAGUGUGAAUGAACAGCGUCUGUGACCAAAGACGGCACAAAUAAUCAGACUGCUGACAGAGAAUGAAGACUGUUGAGUCACUCUCACUCUCCUCACAGAAAUCGCCUUACACCAUCAUUUGUUUUCUUCCUCCUGGACCCACAGUACCUGGUCUCUGCACCACGUGAUUCUUUUAUAAAAACAAAAACAUAUAUAUAUGAUGAUAAAUGAGUGAUUUUUGUUGUACAUAAUGACAUUGUAUAAAAAAAAA